CUGGAGACGGUUUACAUAACAAAAUAUUUCAAAUUGAUGCGUAUCAGUCACUUCUGUUUCGCGGCUCGUUAAACCGAUCUCAUUCGAUCACUCGGCUAACGGGGAUCAGAACCGUCUAGACAUCGCAGCAUAAUGGUAGCACUGAAGAUUUUUGCGUUGUUCCUGCUGAGCCUGGCCGUGCUGGCUAAGGCCAGAAACGAACGUUACAUUUGUCAGGUUAUCGAGGAUGGUUGGUGUACGCUACAGAAGAUUUACAUAACCUCACGAACGGAUGUGCGAGGGCUGCGUUUCCCAGAUGAUCAGUACGAGAAAAUCCGCAUCGGUCAGCAUUACGACUUUGCCAACACGGACAGUGUUGUUAGCGUAUUUUCGGCUGGUUUGUUCCGCCGGAUGAGUCGGGUACGGUACCUGAAAAUGAACGAAGUUAGAAUGCAGGGGCUAGAUAUGCCGAACACGGUGUUGGAAUUGGACGUAGCUAACAAUUGGAUUACACGUGUCUAUAUCGAUGCCGAUAGAAGUUACAGUUUACGAAAGUUGAACAUGAAAAACAACUUGGUGAGCAGUGUGGCCAGUUUUAAAUAUCUGAAUCAACUGGAGGAGCUCGAUAUGAGUGAAAAUCUGGUGCAUCUGUUGAACUUUGAACUAUUCUCGUUCAUGCCAUACAUCCGAACAAUCGAUUUCGCGCACAACAGGCUACUCGAAGCUAGGCCAGGCAGUGUCCUGCUCACGUUAUACUACUUGGAACGGCUGGAUAUGGCAGACAACCAAAUAAUCGAAAUCGAAUUAAAACACUGGACGUUCCCAGCGUUGCGAAUGUUAAACCUAACAGGAAACCCGAUCCGCCGGCUGGACUAUUUCGAAGUUCGGCGGGCUUUCCCAAUGCUGCUGAGAGUAACCUUCUAGAAGACAUAUUGCAAUCAUUGAUCAUGUAGUAAAUAGUUGGAAUGUGAAAAUACUCGGAACGAAAUUAUUGACCUAAGGAUUACCUGAAAAAAAAAGUUUCAAGAGACAAAUAUGUUCUAUAUUGGUAAUCACAUUCGGCAACCUGUUUGUUCAGAUUAAACAGAUUCUUUUUCGUUAUUAAUUUAAUUUACGCAACCAAAUAUGAACUAGAUAUGAUCUUAAACAUACUGAUGAAUUUGAAAAUCAUUUUAGUUCUGGAUAUGUGGUCCAAGUUCUAGAGUAGACAAAAAGUAAAAAGUAUUUAAAUUGUGAUCCUGAGUGUACUAGAGUCCUUAUUUGGCGGGACAGUGCUGCUCAUAAUUUCAACAAGGCACAUAAUAAAUAAGUGCAACUUGCAAUGUUCAUUUGUUUACUUUGACAAAAAUCAAUAUUUUUUUCAAAUUGUAUUUUUGACGAUAGAAAUUAAACUCCCGAUGAAAUUACAAUCAAGGUUGAAACGAAGGUAAGAAACAGAAUAAAUAUAAUCAAUUAAACAAAUUCCCUACAAGGUUUUCGGUUUCAACUAAAUCUAAAUCAAACUUUUAUUUUAACCAUCAGGUCGUAGAAAUCGAGUUCAGAAGUAUGUACGUACCAUGCGAGUUUUUUAUUGUUUAGCUUCAACUAGACCUAAAUCAGAUUGUAAAUUAAACAAGCAUUUCGUCAAAAUUGGAUGCUGACGAGUGUUCUCGUCAACAGUUUCGUACAACAACGAAAGAUCAUAUGAAUCAAACGCACUGUAAACCGUGGUAGCUCCCAAUAUCAUUCAAAUGUGAGAAUAAGUGAUUUACCUCAUAUCAUCCAAACCGUGUUAUCCUGAUAAUUCCUGAUGAUUCCUGAUAAUUAUACACAAGUUAUAUUAUGAUCAAUAUAUACUAACUCACAUAAUUUUCUAAAAA